AUGGGAUCGGAUGACACACCUUCAGGCAAUCCCGAGGACUUCCUCGAGAGCAUUGUCGAAUUCCCAGACGGAAGUCGGUUCGAGAGACUCCACGCCAUUACCGACUUUCGCAAGGAUCCUGGCGAAGCAAGAAUCUUGUACCUCUGCAGACGACAUGAUCCGAACGAUGCUGGUGACGGCCAAGACGAACAGUUCGUCAUGAAAGUGAAGGCGCAAUGGCCGGGUCCACAGAAUCUAUACCAUCCUGGCCCAAGCCCAGCAACAAACGCCGAACUGAAAGUACUUCAACUGUUUCGCGACCAAAAGGUUGAAGGCGUGCCGCACAUGGUUACUUGGAAGCAGACAGUCCAGCCAAAAGAUGGAGUCCAUCCAGGAGGCUAUCUUGUCUACACCGUGAUGACACUCCUGCCGGGCCGGACACUAUGGGACCUGGGCUACUGGUCCCGGACGGAAGACGAGCGCACCGUGAUACAAGAAGCAUUCCUGUCCAAACUCAAGACGAUCAGACAGCUAGGCAUCGCGCCCUACGACUGUGCUCUUCGAAAUGUUUUAUGGGACGACGAUCAGAAGCAAGCGAGCAUCGUGGACUUUGAGCACUACCGGGAAAUUGACGCUCCCAUCGACGACGAGACUACUGAGCUGCAACGAUGGGGUUUGAAGUCGCGACCGGUGCCGGGAACUUGGUACAUGGAAUGGGGGUUGAAGGCUAAAGAGGCUGCGGAGAUAGGUAUAGUCGACAGAUAG